AACAACAAUACAAAGAUACAAAAAAGUACAUUCAAGUCCCUUGAUUAUAUUUCUGAAUAACCAGUAUCUAGUAUCUACGCCACUCCCUGCUGAUAAGAACCUGUAAAUCCACCUGUUGACGUCAGUAAAUUUAAUAGGUGAAACUCAAAGUUCAUUCUUGUGACUGAACGGAGCUGAGACGCCAUUUCAGGUGGAGGUUAGGAACUAAAAACCUGAGAUAAAAGGACUUAAAUCUGUGAUUCAGAGGGACAUUUAACUGGUGAGUCUACCGAUUGAAGAAUACUUCAAAGAUUUGAAGAAAUGGAUGAAAAAACUCUUUUUAAAGAUUUCCUGAGCUGCCACGUUUGUUUAGAGACUUUCAAAGAUCCGGUGUCUCUGAGCUGCAGCCACAACUUCUGUUCAAGCUGCCUGAAAGAGUUCUGGGAAGAAGCUAAAAACAGAAACUGCCCCAUCUGUAAAAGAAAAUCUUCUAAAGAGGAACCUGGUGUGAACCUUUCACUGAAGGGACUUGCCGACUCUUUUGCUGGAAAAGAGACAGGUGGAUCGUCUGAGACUGAAAAAGAAGAAAAGAGGGUGGAGGAAGUUUGUAAGAAACACCCAGGAACAACUCCAUUGUUCUGUAUAGACGAACAGAGAGCUGUGUGUUCUGUCUGUGAGUUUUCUCUGCACCAGAACCACAAAGUGGUUCCUGUAGAAGAAGCAGUCGGUGAGCUGAAGGAGCUGCUGAAAUCUGACUUAAAGUCUCUGCAGGACAAGAGGAACAAAUACAAACAAGUGGAGAAAAAAUAUAAAGAUGUGGUUCAACACUCGGAGAAGCAGCUGCUGUCCACAGAGAAGCAGAUCAGAGCAGAGUUCAACAAACUCCAGCAGUUCCUGAAGGAGGAAGAGGAGUCCAGACUGGCAGCUCUGAGGGAGGAAGAGGAGCAGAAGGGGAGGAGAAUCAGCGGGGAGAGGAAGAGGAUCCAGGAGCAGAUCUCCUCUCUGUCAGACAGCAUCUCUGCUGUGGAAGAAGAGCUGCAGAAAGACAACAUGUCGUUCCUCAGCAGGUACAAACCCACCCGGGACAGAGCCAGAGAGCAGAGCUCAGUGUCAGAUCCACGGCUGCUCUCAGGAACUCUGGUAGACGAGGCCAAACACCUGGGAAACCUGGCCUUCAGAGUCUGGGAGAAGAUGGGGGACCAGGUCCACUUCAGCCCGCUGGUUCUGGACCCAAACACUGCAGAACGCUCUCUCUAUCUGUCUGCUGAUCUGACCAGUGUGAGGAAUGGAGAUACAAACCAGCAGCUUCCUGAUAAUCCAGAGAGAAACGUCAAGUAUUCCAGUGUUUUUGGUUCUGAGGGUUUGACCUCAGGGAAACACAGCUGGGAGGUGGAGGUGGGAGAUCAUCCUGGCUGGAAUAUUGGUUUGGUUAAAGACUCUGUUGACAGGAAGAACGAGAGAUAUCCUUCUCCUAAAUAUGGAAUCUGGUGUUUGUUUCAUCGUGAAGGAAAAUACAGCAAUGGUGAUGGUAAGACCCUGAAGGUGGAGACGAGUCUCCGGAGGAUCAGAGUCCAGCUGGACUAUGACGGGGGGACGGUUUCCUUCUACAACGCUGAAGACAUGACACACAUCUGCACUUACAAAUACACUUUCACUGAGAAACUCUUCCCUUAUUUCAGUGUUGGAAAGUCUGGUGAUGCAAAAACUUCUGAGAUCAGAAUCUGUCAGACAAACAAGAAAUUGUGGGAGAACAUUUCAGGAAAUGUUGAUAUGCUACUGCCCACUCGUCCCCACUCGCUGCUUUGGUUUGGGGCUGUGGUGGUUGUGUUGGGGGUCGUUCUUGCCAUGUUUGGGGUUAUCAAUAAUGGCCAAUAAACCGAACCAAGGCCUGUAUGCACGUUGCGGUUUGGGCCACAUUCACGGAUAAUUUAUUCAUAUUCUCCCCCAGGAAAAUGCAUAGGUUUUUGUUGCCAUGCUAACAAGCCCCAUAGGAUAGAAUGGGACAAUUUGGCUUCAAUAUCUCAAAAGCUGUAA